AUGGUAGUCUCCACCUUUAUGCGAAAUCCUUCUGAUGGGCUACAGGCUUCGGGGGCUGAGGCAAAGGUGACCAAGGUUCCCUGUCCACUGGAAUUCACAUCGAUUAUUCUUUGCAUUGGACUCAAUUACAAGAAACAUGCCAAAGAGGGCAAUGUGGAAAUAUCCCCUUACCCGGUAGUUUUCACCAAGCCUGCCGAUGCCCUUACCGGACCCUACGACAAUGUGGACGUUCACCCCGACGCGUCCUCCAGGCUGAAUUAUGAGGGCGAGCUGGUGGUCGUGAUUGGGAAAGACGGCAAGAAUCUCUUGGAGAAAGAGGCGCUAGAUUACGUGCUAAGCUACACAGUUGGCAACGACAUCAGUGCCAGGAACUUCCAGCAUUCCAACGUCGGCAGUAGUCAAUUCUACUAUGCAAAAUCCUUCGGUAGAUUUGCACCCAUUGGCCCCGCUAUCCACACGACAAAGGAAGUCCCAGACCCACAAACGCUGUCCUUUGUCACGCGAGUUGGUGGAGAGAAGCGUCAGAUCAUCGCUCAUCUGAGCCGUGGAACAACACUCAGGAAGGGAAUUGUUUUCAUGACCGGGACCCCGAGUGGUGUCGGAUUGUUCAUCUCAGUGGGCUUCUUCGCAAUCACGGUGUGGUGGAAGUGGAGCUCCAGGCGUUGGCCCACAUGA